UCUCGCCCCAAUCGUUCAAACCGCCAGGAUAUCAUCGGGUUUCCUCUCCUUUCCUCCUGUCCCUCUCUUUCUCUCUCUUUCUCUCCCUGUCCCGCUUCACUUCUCCCUCUCGAAUCACCCGCGACUCGACAUUACAUUGCCAACCAUGGCCAAGGUCGCCACAGAAUUCGACAAGAUCAUCCAAGACGGGCGCGAGCGGAAGAAGAAUGAAGCCCUCGCGGACAGAAUCUUCUCCAAGAACCGUCGUCAAAGCGCUCCCUCGAAGCUCAAGGCCACGCCGGGCCCGUCUCUCGCCAGCCGCGUCGGUGUAAAGAAGCGCAACUCCAUCAACCUCCGACCGAACCCGCCCCCUGGCAAUGUCAAUGGCGAAUGGACUCACGACCUGCACCACGCCGUCAACACCAACGGCAGCAAGACCCGGGGAGGCUCCCUAAGCUCCCGAAUCACCGCCCCCGGAAGCAAGAAGGCCAACCAGCGCGCCUCGCGCCUGUCCGCCGCAGUCGACCGCAUGGACACCUCGUCGGAUGCGCCCCAGCAAGUCAACAUCAUUAAGAAGCCCGGGAACCCCAUGGGCCUUACUAUUCGCGGCCUUGCUGGCCCCUACACCAUCAUGGCGCAGAACUUUGCUCCCGGAACCACCGCAGCUGACAUCGAGAGCGCCAUGACUCCCGUAGGCGGCGAGAUGGUGAGCUGUAAAAUCAUCAAAACCAACCCCAUCAUCAUUGUAGAGAUGGCCUUUGCUUCGCGCGAGGGCGGCGAACGGGUGAUUGAAACCUUCAAUGACAAGACGGCCGACGGUCGACUUAUCAAGGUCUACCCCAAGCUCGGUGGCUACCAGGCCACCGAGAAGGCCAACCCUCCCGCCAACGCCCCUAGCGGUCCCCGAGGCUCUCGCGCUGGCAAGAAUGCCACCAACAACAACGAAAGCGUCGUCGACGGCUCCAUGGGCUUCCCUGACCUCAUAAACACUUCAACUGCCAACACCAACGGCUCCUCUUCGCGGUCCGACCGGCUGUACAGCGACAGGCUCGUCAAUGGCAGUCGAAGAGGCCGUGGAAACCAGAGGGGACGAGGUAGCAGAUAAUUCGGGACACCAGCGCUGUGCCGGAGACACUUUUACUUCGUCCCCAUGGAAGCGUUCGGGGAGGUUUUAAAUUCGACAUUGUAGCAUUAGAAAAGCCGGAACAUGCUGGUGCGGAAGAGACAGGGUUUACGGUGCGGCGUUUAGGAGUGUGAUAUAUCCUGCAAUUUUUUUUUUUUCGGCACGGGAUGACAGGCAUCACUUGGGUAGCACCGAAGUAGGAAGAUAGUCCAGGCAGUCGACGUGUAGCAGAGGAAGAAUACCAGACCGUGAACAAAGGCCACGAUGAAAAAGGGACCGAGACUUUAAAGCUUAGGCAACUUGUCAUAUUGUUGU